AAUAAAAAGCUCUUCCCUUGCUUUUCCCCGAAAGAAGCCCUAACCGCUGCCCUCUUCCUUCUGUUUUCCUUCGUGGAUCUCUCCACCUUCGCCCCCCUUCAUAACCCUACAAAUCCCACAGGUGUUUGGCUCUUGGCCCCGAUAUCUCUUUCUAUCUCUCUCUCUCCCUCUGUCUGUUUAUCCGAAACCCUAAUUGUUCCGUGAUCGUUUUCUUCUUAUUCGUCCACCUGGUUUUCGUGAUAAUCUCUAGGUUCAAAUUUCUCUCUACAAGAAUAUAUAAUUCCAUAUAUAUUAUGGCUACUGCUUUGGAUAUGUCACUUGAUGAUCUUAUAAAGAACAGAGGUUCCCGUGAGAGAGGUAGAGGACGAGGUAGGGCUCGCCGGGGCCGUGGACCUGGUAGGGCAUCUAAUAUUGGAAGAAUGCCUGGUCCAGUUCGUAGAGGUCCUCUCGGAGUGAAUGCUCGGCCAUCAUCUUAUACAAUUGCCAAGUCUAUCCGCAGAACCAGGCCUUUUCCAUGGCAGCAUGAUCUCUUUGAAGAGAGCCUUAGAGCUGCAGGAAUACCAGGGAUAGAAAUUGGCACAAAAUUGUAUGUUUCCAACUUGGAUUACGGAGUAACUAAUGAAGAUAUAAGGGAACUGUUCUGCGAGAUUGGAGACCUGAAACGAUAUGCGGUUCAUUACGACAAAAGUGGUCGCCCAAGUGGCUCGGCUGAAGUUGUGUAUACCAGAAGAAGUGAUGCAUUUGCAGCUCUUAAGCGGUAUAAUAAUGUUCUCUUGGAUGGUAAACCCAUGAGGAUCGAAAUUGUAGGUGCGAAUUCAGAAAUACCUGUUUCAGCUCGUGUGAAUGUGACUGGAGUAAAUGGAAGGAGGAAGAGAACAGUUGUUAUGACGCCUGGAGGUGGUCCUAUUGGAGGCUCUGCUGCUGUUAACCGUGGCUCUGGUCGAAACCGUCGCGGGGGUAUGAGUGCUCGUAGCCAUGCUCGGGGUCAAGGUCAGGGUCCAGCUCGGGGUCAAGGUCAGGGUCCAGCUCGGGGUCAUGUUCAGGGUCCAGCUCGGGCUCGGGGUGGGGGCAGGGGCAGGGGCAGGGGCAGGGGCAGGGGCCGGGGCCGUGGUCGUGAAAAUAAUCAAGCUGUUGACAUGUCUGUUGAUGAUCUUAACGAUGACCUGGAUAAUUACCAUGCUGAAGCCAAGCACACUUGAAUCUUCAAGCCGUGAACUGCUCGGGAAUUAAACUUAUGAGUAGGAAAGUCAAUAUUAGCUUAUGUGAGCUGUAUAAAUUGGUUUAUUUCUUUUGCCAGUUACGUCUGUUUUGUUGCUUAAUGCUUGGAUUUACAUGCCCUGGUGUUAAUGAAGGUGUAUGACGAUUCUCAUUAGUUAGUUUAAUUUUUAUGCUUCCUCUCGUUAUUAGUUACUUAUAAAUUUUCAAGUUUUGGGAAAUGAAUGGAUUUGAGUA